AUGAAAGCUAGAAUCAAAGAUACGAGGAAGUACUACAAGUUCCAUGAAGAUUAUAGGCACGAAACGGAUGGCUGCCGAGAUCUAAAAGUAGAAAUAGAAAGAAUGAUAGAUGCGGGCGAGCUAAGAAAAUUCAUAGCUCAUAAAACAAAAAGCAGCGAUAAAGGAAAAAAGAGGAGCAGGGACGACAAAGGGAAGGAAAAGGAAGAAGAAAGACCAUUAAAAAUUCUGGGAACCAUACACAUGAUCAAUGGGGGAGGGCACAACAGUUCGACUAUCAGGAAAAAACAAAAAAGAGAAGUGAUGACCAUCAGGGAAACACACAUGCCGCCAGUGAUAUUCGACUCCGAGGAUUAUGAGCAUGUGAAAGCACCUCAUAACGACGCUCUGGUGGUAACAACCAUCAUCGAAAACUGGAACAUGGAACGAAUCCUCAUCGAUGAAGGAAGUGCCGUAAACUUAAUGACAAACGCUGCAUAUAAGAUGCUGGGAGGAAAAGCAGCAAGGCUUCGCCGAGUCUCGAUCCCGCUAUCAGGGCUCGGAGGUCCCUCAAUCAACCCACUGGGUGCUGUCACACUGGAAGUCAUAAUCGAACCAGAAAGAGGAAUUAACAAGAAAAUAAUGUCCCUAUUUAACAUAGUGGACAUGGAGCUGACGUAUAAUACAAUCCUUGGGAGGCCUUUUCUCCAUGAUUCGGCAGCAAUAACCAGCAUAAGGGCGAUAGCCAUGAAGAAAAAAAGCAAGAGACGAAGGAAAAGAAGAAGGAAAAGAAGGGAGAAAAAUAGAACCUCAAUCCACCCAUCGUCGGGUACAAACUUUUGUCACAUUCGACAAUGCCAAUCACCCAUUGACAAGUAUAGACAUCUGUCAUACCCAAUGGUGCCAACUAUCUUUUAA